UUCGAUUUCUGAGAGCUUUAACCCAGUUGAGCUGACUCUUUUUGGGCCAGUAGCACACUUCAACUAGGAGCGCGAACAUGGCACUUGGACUGCUGAUCCUGCUCAUAAUCCUGAUUGUCAUCGGCUAUGUGGUCCUGCAGGAUCACUACUCAUACUGGCGGCGAAGGGGAGUGCGUGAGAUCAGGCCGAAGUGGAUAGUGGGCAACCUGAUGGGACUGCUCAACAUGCAACGAAGUCCCGCAGAGUUCAUAGCCCAACUUUAUAAUCAUCCCGAGGCGGAGAACGAACCCUUCGUGGGUAUCCAUGUGUUCCACAAACCAGCUUUGCUCUUAAGGGAUCCUGAACUUGUGAGAAGAAUCCUGGUCAAGGAUUUCGGUGGAUUCUCCAAUCGGUACUCGAACUCCGAUCACAAGGCUGAUCCCUUGGGAUCCCAGAACAUCUUCUUCCUGAAGAAUCCCGCCUGGAAGGAGGUCCGCCUGAAGCUGACGCCCUUCUUCACAGGAAAUCGACUGCGCCAGAUGUUCCCGCUGAUCGAGGAGGUGGGCGCCAGUUUGGAUGCCCAUCUCCGCCAGCAGCCACUGCACAACGAGCGGAUGCGCUGCUUCGAAGUGGAGGCCAAGGAGCUGUGUGCUCUUUUCACCACCGAAGUGAUUGCUACCGUGGCUUACGGGGUGAAGGCGAAUAGUUUCAACAAUCCAGACGGAGAGUUCAGGCGCAAUGGACGAUCCGUGUUCGAGUUCAGUCUAUUGCGGGCUGCCGAGUUCACCCUGGUCUUCUUUUUGCCUCACCUGGUGCCCUUCUUUGGGUUCAAGGUGGUUCCGGCAGAAGCCACCCGCUUCCUGCGCAAGACCAUCAACUACGUGAUGACGGAGCGGGAGCAAUCAGGGGAGAAGCGCAACGAUCUGAUCGACAUCCUCAUCGAGUUCCGAAGGAGCACGCAGCAAGCCAAGGCAUCUGGCAUCCAGGAUCAGUUUGUGUUUGAGGGCGACAUCCUGGUGGCCCAGGCGGUACUGUUCUUCACCGCCGGCUUCGAGUCCUCCUCCUCCACGAUGUCCUUUGCCAUGUAUGAGCUGGCCAAGAAUGCGGAUAUCCAGCAGCGUUUAAGGGAGGAGAUCAGGAAUGCCCUGGUGGAGAGUGGCGGUCAGGUGACGCUGAAAAUGAUCGAGUCGCUGGAGCUGAUGCAGAUGGUCCUGCUGGAGGUGCUGCGCAUGUAUCCACCACUGCCCUUUUUGGAUCGCGAGUGCACUUCUGGCGGGGAUUACUCACUAGCUCCGUUCCACGAUUUUGUGGUGCCCAAGGGAAUGCCGGUGUACAUACCCUGCUAUGCCCUACACAUGGAUCCCCAGUACUACCCUCAACCACGAAAGUUCCAGCCGGAGAGAUUCUCCGCUGAGAACCGGAAGCUGCACACGCCCUACACCUACAUGCCCUUUGGCCUGGGUCCGCAUGGAUGCAUCGGAGAGCGGUUCGGCAUGCUCCAGGCAAAGGUGGGUCUGGUGAACCUGCUGCGCAACCACCUGGUCACCUCUUCCGACCGCACUCCUCAUCGAAUGCAGCUAGAUCCCAAGGCCAUUAUUACCCAAUCAAAGGGCGGUAUCCAUCUGCGGUUGGUCCGCGAUCCUUUGGGCGUUUAACUCACCUGGAAAAUGUUGGAGAUUUUUUUUCGGGGGGAGCAAUGCAGCCUACAAAAUUCGAGCGACAACUAAGCCGUUGAGUCGCGUGUUUUGGCAUUUAAAAUUAAGUUGGUGUCUCAUCUUAAAGGCAAUUUGAUUGACAAAUGGCGUGUUCUAUCCACAAAACAAGCAAUGAGAUGCAAUGCCUAUACCUUAAAGAUCAAACAUGCAUAUAAAUCUAUAACAUACCGAUACAGACAUCACUGACUCCCUGAAUUUACGUUAAUUUACGUUACUGCACUAUUAUAACAUUUUGGAAAUACAUUUGCAUUCGUAAUCAAAA